UGUGAAAACCACUAUAGAAAUAAACUUGACUUGACUUAAUGAGUGUAUGAAUGAGUGUGAAUGAUAUCCAGACAUGGCAGGUCCCAUCCAAGCUGUAAUUCUGUCUCCUCUGUUUCUAGGAUAAACUUUAAAUCCAGCACAUCACUGACCAAUGCAGACUUAAUAUGAAUAAAUUUAGUUUGACAAGUUUGGAGACUUUUUCAUUCAUUAUCAUAUAAUAAUCGCACAUAAUUUCAGAAAGAAGUCAAAGAAGUGUCAUAGUGAUUCUCAGUGGAGAAGGGAGGAGAAAAAAGGCACCCAUUAGCCAUGGCAAUUGUGAUCAUUGUGUGUUGUUUUAAUGUUUUUGGGUGUUUACUGAAAUAAUUUUUAAUAAUAUCGAAUUUGAACUCUGAGGCACGCAGCGCCUCAGGGGCUAACUGGCUAAAACCAUUGGGUGCAGUGGAAGUUAGCAUGCACUGCUACCUUUCCCCAUGAACCAUGGCGACUAGUGCAAGGCUUCGGUGCGAGUUCUCGGCUAGAACCAAUGUUCAUUCCAGGUUCAGACAUGAAAUAAAUAUCCUCCACCAUGAUUAAUAGGUGAAGCGGACGGUGUAAAUGGCCUGCUUUCGGUCGAGGGGCGUGUUCUUGCUAUCUUGACUGAAAGCCCCGCUGUCUCCCUGUGUAUCAGCUAGCUAGCUUUACUAGCUUAGCAUGUGGCUGAAAAUAGCCAGCGUAGCCUAGCGCCUCCGAGACAACUACACUGGGAAAUGUCUAGAUUUGACCUGGGACUUGUUCUGUUCGUGUUAAAGGAAUAUCCGUGUCUUUUUAUGAGCCCCGGGGAAACAUUUCCACCUGUAUAAUGUCCCCAUGAGGGGAGGUUUUAUUUUUUUUUUAUCGGCGAUAUUUUUUACCGGCGUUUUUUUUUUCUCCGGAGGAAAAAACACAGCUGCUAGUAGGUAGCGGGCAAAAACAAAAGAAAGCUCAAUCCUUUUCUGGUUUAAAGACAAGGUAAUUUAAAUGAUUUGUUUGUUUUUGAGGUGUGUUUAAGACGUAUUUAGUGAACGUGUGCCGAAAAUGGAUCGUCAAUGUCGGAUUUUUCUCAGCACAUUCGAGUGGAUAAAGGGUUUACAGGCGGACUGAUAGGGGAGUUUCGUCCCGGUUUUUAUCGCUGGGAGGGAAAAAAUAAUAAUGCCCUCAGGCACCGUGUACGCUUUUGACACGCCGUCCAUUUCGAUACGCUGUGCCACGAAUCAACUCGUAGCGUUUGCGCGCCUGUCCGUCACCGCGUACUUCCAGCCGAACUUCUGCUCCAGACCGCUAACAUGGCUGACAUUUCGUUCUGGAAAUGAGCCCGCGCAACCUAACGUGACUACCCCCGCGCGGCUCCUGAUUGGUCCGUCACGAACGCGACGUGCGUACCGAACACGCUGAUUGGCUGUUUCAACGCUUGUGGGAAACUUGCUAGUUUUGGCGACGACUCCUGACUUUUUCUGACUCGAGUGAUACAUUUCUCAGCAACUUUUUUUUCUAUCCGCCCGCAACUUUUUGCCUUCCUGUGCAUAAUUUCGGAUUUAGAGGCGACUACAGAACGAACCGGACGACUUUAUACAAAAAUGUAUCCUGAAACGAAGGCCAUGUUCACCGAUUUAACGCCGAAGUGCCGGAGGCCUUGAGCGUAAUAUCAAAGUCCCGCCCCCCCGAGAGACGGCAAAAAUAAAAACACAGUCGCCUAUAAGUGUCCUGCGGCCCGCUGAGUUCUCCUUUUAUAACUCAUUUUUACUUUGCAUUUAGCCAUUUUAUAAACAUCCACAGAUGUGAUCAUCGACCGUCUUGCCUUAUCUAUCAGUGUGUAACCUUCACGGUUCAGGCUCAGCGUGGCUGCGUAAAGGUGUCCAUGAGAAAGCCACGCCGGAGAGGGGGCCUCCCCGGGGGCUUGGGCGCCAGGAAAAGCGAUGCUGCUACACCUCGGAAUAGUGGCGCUCGGGGGGCCGGACAGCCGCGCUCAUCCUCGCCGUAUAGUUUUAAAGUCUCCCCGACACGAGAGACCCUGACCUACGCCCAGGCCCAGAAAAUGGUGGAGGUGGACCUUGAUGGACGGCUGCACCGCAUCAGCAUCUAACCCUUGGCCAUAAUCACGGAGGAUGAAAUGAUGGCGCAGGACAUGGCUGAGUGCAACAGCAACAAAGAAAACAGCGAGCAGACCUCUGCAGCCAUUGUGAGCAGUCCAAGUCGCAGGUCUGCAAACCAGAAGGGCAGGAAGAAGGACUCGAAAAAUGCAUCUUCUUCGUCUCAGAACGCGCACAGGCAGCAUCACGCGCAGCAGAACUCAACCCAGCACCACAGUAACAACUGCUCAGCUUUACCUGAACCCACGUUCAGGGUUCUGGAAACGUUCGAGCCUAUCAAAGCUCCACCGCUGCCCACGGCGUAUUAUCGUUACAUCGAGAAGUCUCCGGAGGAGCUGGAGGCCGAGGCGGAGUACGACAUGGACGAGGAGGAUGCAGCCUGGCUGGAGGUGCUGAAUGAGAAACGGGCAUCGGAAGGCCAGACGGCUGUAGCGGCGGACACUUUUGAGCUCCUGAUGGACCGGCUAGAGAAGGAGUCAUUCCUGGAGUCGAGAAUCCCUCAGAGCGCCGUGGACGAGGACGCAUUCUGCUGCGUGUGCCUGGAUGACGAGUGCCUCAACAGCAACGUGAUCCUGUUCUGCGACGUCUGCAAUCUGGCAGUGCACCAGGAGUGCUACGGUGUGCCAUACGUCCCAGAGGGGCCCUGGCUCUGCCGCCGUUGCCUUCAGUCUCCCUCGCGACCCGUGGACUGUGCGCUGUGCCCGAGCAGAGGCGGCGCAUUCAAGCAGACAAGCGACGGACGCUGGGCACAUGUGGUGUGUGCCAUCUGGAUUCCAGAAGUGUGUUUCGCGAACACUGUGUUUCUCGAGCCCAUCGAGGGUGUGAACAAUAUCCCGGCAGCUCGCUGGAGGCUGACCUGCUACCUGUGCAAGCAGAAGGGCCGUGGCGCCUCGAUCCAGUGCCACAGAGCCAACUGCUACACGGCGUUCCAUGUCACUUGUGCCCAGAGGGCUGGACUUUUCAUGAAAAUCGAGCCGGUACGAGAGACCACGGCCAAUGGUACGAUGUUCUCGGUGAAGAAGACGGCGUUCUGCGAGGCUCACUCACCCCCUGACAAGGAGGGGUCCGAUGACGAAGAGAACGGCGGCAGAGUGCUGGGCUGCCGGGCCAGUCGAGGAAUGAGUGCCUACGCGCAGAGUCCGCCGCUGAUCAAGUCGCCGCGGAGCCAUAAGAAAGAGGUCAAUAAGAAAAAGAAGAAGGGGAAGAAAAGUCCAGAAGUAACGUCCAAAAAAGCUUCGACGCCGCUGGUCACCGUGCCUCAGAUUCCCCCACACAGGUUAAACAAAGUUUUUAAAGGUAUCAUUAUUCAAAAAAAGAAUUAUUUUAUGCAGCGGUUGCACAAUUAUUGGUUACUGAAGCGCCAGUCACGCAACGGAGUGCCUCUGAUUCGCCGGUUACACUCGCAUCUGCAGGCCCAGAGGAGCACGGAUCAGACCGAACCGGACGAGAAGGUCAGCGCCGUGCGAGAAGAGCUGAAAUACUGGCAGAAGCUCCGCCACGAUUUGGAGAGAGCACGUCUCCUGGUGGAGCUCAUCCGCAAGAGAGAGAAGCUAAAGAGGGAGCAGGUGAAGCUGCACCAGGCUGUGAUGGAGAUGCAGCUGACUCCUGCUCUCAUGCUGCAGCGCUCCACCCUGGACCAGCUGCAGGAGAAAGACGUAGCACAUAUCUUUGCACAGCCGGUGAACCUUAAAGAGGUACCAGAUUACCUGGAGUUUGUCUCUCAGCCCAUGGACUUCUCCACCAUGAGGUCCAAACUGGAGGCUCACCAGUACCGCACUCUUUCCGACCUGGAGGUCGACUUCAACCUCAUGAUCUCCAACUGCCUGCUCUAUAACGCUAAGGACACUGUGUUUUACAAAGCGGCAGUGCGUCUGCGGGAGUUAGGGGGCGCGAUCCUGCGCCACACACAGAGGCAGAGUCACAACACAGGGCUGGACCCUCACACGGGCAUGCACCUUCCCGAGUCGCCACACAAAAAUGACUACUAUCGCUGCACCCUGGAGGACGUGGACACCCUGCUAGACCCAGAGAACCGGCUGCACAUGACGGUGGAGGACCAGCUGAAGGAGCUGCUAGAUAAGCUGGACGUGGUGACGGCAAUGCGCUCAAGCGGAGCCCGCACACGGCGCAUUCGGCUGCUGCGCAAAGAGAUCAACAACGUCCGCUACCGCCGGAACUCUCACCUCUCUAACGGGGACGCCAAAGAGGACGAGCAGGAUGAGGACGAAGACGACGAGGACAAAGAGAUGGACACCGAGAACAAUCUGUCUUCAUCCUCAGACAAAGAUGAUUGUAAAUCCACACCCCCUCCCACCCUGGAGCUCUCUGGUCUGGCCUUAUCUCCCCCUCCCGGAGAGACCCCACUGGAUCCCCCCACCCUCCGGCCAAUGACUGACCCUAAAAACAUGUCCCCACCUGAACCCCUCAAACCAAGCACUGGGAGUCUAGACGCAGAUACAGAGGUCAUCGCGGCCUCUCAAAACUCAAGGGUACGAGAGACCCCACCCGUAUUGUCGCCCAGCGAGGGGAAGCUGCUCAAUGGUAUCUCAAACACUGAAUCUCCGACACGGCCUGUUUCAGGAGGAGUGGGUCGGCGCACUUCUAUCCUAUUCAGAAAAGCGAAAAACGGCGUCAAGCUACAUCGUGACAAAGACAAUCCGCUACAGAACGGCGAGAGUAGAACCCCGCAGCGCCCCCCUCCCCCUCCGAUCACAACCACUUUUACCCCUCUAACCACAGACUCAACGGUUCCACCCGUUCUCACCCCAGCCAAUCAGAGAGCUUGCAGCCACAGCGCCAGUCCCGAGGAGCAACGGGAGAAGACCCCACCUCGCUCGAUAGAAACCGCUCUCACAAACGGAUUCAAAAAGCACAAAGACGGCGGUUCAGACUCCGACAGCAGCUCCUCGCCCAUUCUCAAAAAGGAAAUUACAUUACCACCAAAAAAAAGUCGCGGAAAACCUGCACUGUCUAAAGUACCAUUCCUAGAGACCGUUAACGGAGAUUCGGAUUACACUGGACCAGUGGAUAUGUUGUCUAUAGAAAGUGAUUCAGAACCCGAGCCUCUGGAUCUCGUGUGGGCCAAGUGCAGAGGAUAUCCGUCCUACCCUGCUCUGAUCAUAGAUCCAGACAUGCCGGAGGAGGGUGUGUUGCAUAAUGGCGUGCCCAUUCCUGUGCCACCUGCAGAUGUGCUGCGGCUCGGAGAGCAGAGACAGGAAGAGGCUGGAGAGAAACUCUUCCUCGUCCUCUUCUUUGACAACAAGCGCACCUGGCAGUGGCUCCCUCGGGAGAAGCUUCUGCCGCUGGGGGUAGACGACACGACGGACAAACUGCGUCUGAUGGAGGGUCGAAAGACGAGCAUUCGCAAAUCGGUGCAGGUGGCAUACGACCGAGCCAUGAUCCACCUGAGCCGAGUGCGCAGCGACCACGGUUUCAUCGCCUCCAGCUACAUGUAGAGAGGAAUCCCACUGCGCAUCACUACCCGAGCUCAUCACUACAGCUCAAAACUACAUACGCACAAUCGGCUGCAUCCAGAUCCUACCACUCUGCUGAGUUUGUAGAGAAACUGCGAGGUGGAGUUCAGUGCAUUUCUUUCCAGUGUCAAGGAGUUGCAGCCAUGCUUUUAUUUUAUUUUUUUAUUUCCUCUUAUUCCUCUUAUGGUCUGAAUGGGUUGGAGAACAGAUUUUUUAAUGAGCAGAACGGAGUGUUUUUAUUUUUUUUUUUUUUUUUUUUAUGCUAGUGUCACUUUAAAUCCUGUGGUUUUGAGCGUGGACCGUAUGAAGGCUGGAUAUAGACAUCUAACGUCAUCUGUUCUCUGACAACGAGCCGCUGAAUCGAAGGGAGCGAACGAAUCAGCCGGCGAGCGCGUGCGACCAUGUGAAUGAAUCACUGCCAUUUUUCUUACGAUAGCUUUUUACUUUUUAACCUUUUACAAACCACUUCUUGUAUAUUAAGACACUCGUGUAUAUAUCUACUUUUUUUAUCACAUGAUAAUCUAAUUUAAUUCGGAUCUCGCGUGUGAGUUCGGCCGUGUCCUGGACGUAUGAAGAAAUUUCGAGAUGUACAUAUUUGUUUAAAAAAAAAAUGAACACAAAUAAAACAACGAUCAGAUCACUGGCUUGCUGCAAACAUGUAUCCUGCUUGUCCUCGACUGUGUGCGUACAUUCAGUUGCCAGAAAAAAACAAAACGUACUUGCAGUUUGUCUGAUUUUGCAGCCGGUUGCCACUGGUUAAAUAUUCACACUUUUUUGAUACAUAGAAAUGUAAUUUAUUUAUGGAACACAAAGAACGAGUGAGAGAGCGAAAGAGAGAGACUUAAAUUAUAUAUCAGUUAAGGAUUGAAAUUAAAGCUUAUUUAAGGUAAUCUAUUGAAAUGUGGUUUAAAGAAGAUGAGCUUUGUGACCUUGAUUUUAGUUAUUUUUAAGCUUUUCAAAAUUGUGCUGUAAGAAAGAUGUACACAAACUGUUAGACAGUAAAGAAAAGAAAAAAAAAACUUUUUUUGGCACCACAAAGCACAGAGCCUGUAUUUAUUAUAGAACGUUGUUGAGCUUGUACCUGUUUAUAAGAUGUUUUACGCCGCUUGUAUAAACUGCAGAUUUUACCUACUCGCCAAAUAUCCUGUCUGAAACAGUAUUUUCUCACGUGGGGGAAAAUAAAUGUUCUAUUGAAACUCUUAA